AUGGAUAUCAAGUUAUUACUGCUAUUUAUGGUUAUGCUGAGCACAGUCCACCAAGGUCCUGCUGCUUAUCGGGACCUCAUGUGCGUGGAGCCCGACCCUGGAUAUAUGAAAAGAUUUUAUCAUUACGUCACAGCCAAUGGAAUCAAGAAGGAAUGCUCAGCGCCAGUUGAUAUAUUCUUGCGAAUUGGACACGAGGUGUUCUAUACACUGAUGUGUGUGUUUCUGACCCUGUUUUUGGGAUAUGUGCCGUCACUAGGAAACAAAGCCAAACAGGCCUUGUCGGCCAUACUUUCAAAGUUCAAGGAAUGGAGAACUCGUCCUUCACGUUGUCCUCACUGCGGAACUGUUCCAUGUCAGAUCAAACGAAGAUCUUUGUGGAAGCCCUCCGGAUCUCGGAAGAAGGACAAAGGCAAUUUCGCCGAACGGGCAAAAGCAAUGGAAUUGUUCAACUAUGGACUUGAGUUAUCCGUGGUGUUGACCAAGGAGCUGCCCCGGGAUGACCUCUACUGGCGGAGGAAAUUCUGUCACCAGUUUGAAGAGAAGCACAUGGUUCUGUUUCCUCUUUGUAUCCAGCGCCAGAUCAACUAUUGGUACCCAGUUCCUCGCUAG